GAUACAUCUGUCAGAAGGUAAGGUAGAGAUGGGUACAAGUAUGACUUUUAAAACACACAACAGCAGGUAGACAGAUAGGAAAGGUUUGGGGGGAAUGUUAGUCAGGUGCUGCAGAUGGGUCUAGCUUGUUAAGGCAGCUUGGUUAGCAUUGAGUAGAUGGGGCUGAAGGGUCUGAUCUGUGCUGAAGAACUCCCUGACUAUAUUUCUAAAUAGGAGACCUAGCUUUCGAAUAAAGGGGUCAUCGAUUUAAAAUGUUUUUAAGAGGAAUCGUCGGAUCUCCGCAAAAUAAAAAUAGGAGUGGCAAUGAAUCAUUAAAUGUGUUCAAGGCUGAUAAACUUUUCUACUCUUAAUUUCGAGCAUGGGGAUGAACUAUCUGGACUCAGCCCACCCAGUGGACUAUAAAAACACCGCCCACUGUCUCUGGUCCAGCCAGUUCUCGGAAGGAAGACGGAAUCCUGAACAGCAGCAUGAGGUAAGGGACAUCUUCACUCUGCACAAUGAUAUCGGAGAUCAGGACCUUCUCAAGGCACUGACGCCGACAUUAGCCGGCGACACACUGAGGGAGUCCUUGUUGGUGAAGCUCGGCCAGCUUCAGUGCCACUUCACGUGGGGCCCACAGAUGGACAUCGUCGACCUGGACGACGUGAAGCAGAGGUUGCAGGAUUCGAUUAUCAUCGGCGGGAAGCACCAAGGCGUGCCGCACAACCAGCUGGCUUACAUCAACUACCUGCAGGGCAACUACGAAGAAGCUCUCCGUGACUUAGAGGAGGCGGAGAGACGUCUGAGGGAGAUCCACGGGGAUGGAUUUGAGAGGAGGAGCAUCGUCACCCAUGGCAACCGGGCCUGGUUGCAUUACCACAUGGGGCAACUCAGCGAGGCCCAGUCCUACCUCGACAAGCUGGAGGUGAUGUGUGGCCCCCUCACACAGGGCCCGCACGUCACGGCAAUGGUGCCCGAGGUGUUGGGGGAGAAGGGGUGGUCUUUGCUGAGCUCCCGCUCUCGGUGCUACGAGGAGGCGAAGGAAUGUUUCGCCAGGGCUCUGGAGGAAGAUCCCGACAACACGGAGUGGAACAUGGGCUACGCCACCGCUCUGUACCGUCUGGAAUCGAUUUCCGGAAUCGCAGAAAACCCCGAAGUGAGUCAGUCGGUGAAACAGCUGAGACGGGUGCUGGAGCUCGAUCCGGGUGAAUCUGUGGCCAGGGUGAUGCUGGCCCUCAGGCUCCAAGAGUUCCAGCAAAAGGCAGAAGCGAAUGAAUUGGUUGAAGAAGCGUUGCGGACAAGCCCAGAUUCUCCAUAUGUGCUCCGCUAUGCAGCAAAGUUUUACAGAACAGAGCGCAAUGUUGAUAAAGCGAUAGAGAUGUUGAAGAAAGCCUUAGAAUUCACUCCGCUCUCUUCCUUCUUGCACCAUCAAAUGGGUAUCUGUUACAGGGAAAAGCUAAUGGCUCUGCGUAAAAAUCAAGGCAUUGGAGACCCAGGUGUGGAGGCUGAGUUGAUCAGCCAUUGCAAGCACCAUUUUGGAACGGCAUUUCAACUGAAGCCAUCGUUUAUUCUUGCACAGCUGGAUUUUGCCGGGAUCUGCUUAAUGAAUGGUGAAUCAGACAGGGCGAUGAAGAUAUACAACGACCUCCAGAGUUUAGAGGAUGUCACUCCAGAUAAAAAGCAGGCAAUAGAGUUACAGCUUGGAUUAUAUGAAAUGUAUCACACCAAGUCUGAAUCAAACGCCAUCCACCAUUUUAUGGAAGGCCUUAAAAUCCAGCACGGCACGAAAUAUUGGAAAACUUGUUGCACCAAGUUGGAGCAGAUUGCAAGAAGGUAAAUUAACAGGAACCCGGACAACAGCAGAGCCUGGGGAAUCCUGGAGUUUAUUCACCGAGAAGCCGGGAAAAAUUCUGAAAUUUCCAAAGCCUCCACAUCCUUACAGCAAUGGACACCCUGAACUACAUGUGAUACUCCAAAUUAACUCCAAAUAACCAAAGUCCGAUAAAGAUGCAUCAUGACUCCCUGACUGAUACAAAAGUUAGUGGUUUUGCAGAUAGUGAAGAUGGUUGUGAAAGAUUGCAGCAGGAUCUGGAUCGAUUGGCCAGGUGGGCGGAGGAAUGGUUGAUGGAAUUUAAUAGAGAGAAGUGUGAGGUGUUGCAUUUUGGGAUGUCGAACAAGGGCAGGACCUACACUGUAAAUGUUAGGCCUCUGGGUAGUGUUGUAGAGCAGAGGGAUCUCAGAGUACAGGUGCAUGGUUCCUUGAAGGUCGAGUCACAGGUAGAUAAGGUGGUCAAAAAGGCUUUUGGCACUUUGGCCUUCAUCAGUCAGUGUAUUGAGUAAAGUUGGGAGGUCAUGUUGCAGUUAUAUAAGACGUUGGUGAGACCGCAUUUAGAAUAUUGUGUUCAGGUCUGGGCACCAAGUUACAGGAAAGAUAUUGGUAAGCUUGAAAGGGUUCAGAAAAGAUUCACGAGGAUGUUGCCAGGACUAGAGGGUGUGAGCUAUAGGGAGAGGUUGAUUAGGCUGGGUCUCUACUCCAUGGAGCGCAGGAGGAUGAGAAGUGAUCUUAUAGAGGUAUACAAAAUCAUGCAAGGAAUAGAUCGGGUAGAUGCACAGAGUCUCUUCCCCAGAGUUGGGGAAAUGAGGAGCAGAGGACACAAGAUUUAAUAACAAUCUGAGGGCUAACUUUUUCACACAAAGGGUGGUGGGUGUAUGGAACAAGCUGCCAGAGGAGGUAAUUGAGGCUGGCACUAUCCCAUCGUUUAAGAAGCAGUUAGACAGAUACAUGGAUAGGACAGGUUUGGAGGGAUAUGGACCAAGGGCAGGCAAGUGGGACCAGUGUAGCUGGAACAUUGUUAGCCGAUAUUGAGUUGGGCCGAAGGACCUGUUCCCAAACUGUAUGACACACUCAAUGCAUGGACCUAUGAAGGCAAACAUAGUAUACGGUGACAGACACAAAUAGCUGGAGUAACUCAGUGGUUCAGGCUGUAUUGCCGGAGAAAAUGAAUAGGUGACAUUUCGGGUAAAGUCCCUUCUUCAGACCCGAAACGUCAACUAUUCCUUCUCUCCAGAGAUGCUGCCUGACCCGCUGAGUCACCCCAGCUUUUAGUAUCUAUCCUCGGUGUAAACCAGCAUCUGCAUUUUCCUUCCUCAUCUUACCGUACGCCUUCUUCACCACUCGAUCUACUUGUGCGGCCACUUUCAGGGCGUUGUGGAGUCGGAUGCCAUGAUUAUUACAGAGUCUGACCAAGCUUGUGUGCGGUGCCUUAAUGGAGACACUUGAAUUGACAUUUUGUUGAUGAUCUUCUGCAGGUUUGGUGCCCGUUUCUCUGACUGAUCUACAGUGAUCCCAUCUCUCAACAUACCUUCACAUUCAACCAGAGGUGGAUCAGAGCUGCGUUGUGGAGGAUGUGACGCCAUUUCACGUGCGUCCGAUGCGAUGGUCAGAAUAGAGGCACCAGCAGUGACUUCCCAGCCCGUUACUCAAUGGUCACAAAUUCACCUGGACGUUAAUUGUUUGUCCACUAAAUUCUGGAGUUAAAAGUUUAGGAUUAAGUUUAUUGUUGCCACGUGUACUAAGAUACACUAAAAAGCUUUGUUUUGCUUCCUAUCCAAACGGAUCAGAGAAUACUGUACAUAUGUACAGCCGUUAAACUCAAGUACAAUAGAUAGAGCAAAGGGGAGAUUAGUUCAGUUUAGUUCAUGGUCACGUGUACUGUUAAAGGUUUAGGAUUAAGGUUUAUGUUCAUUAUUGUCACGUAUACCGGGGGACAAUGCAGAGCUUUGUGUUGCAUGCUAUCGAAAUAUAUCAGAGGCUUAAGGUGAGGUGGGGGGGGGGAGUUAAUGAGAACCUGAGGGGUGCAAAACUAUAAAAGAGGGAGUUAGAACUGAUUUUUGUGUGAGAAGCACCAUCGAUGAUGUGCAAUCUGAUUUAGUUUCUAGGAUAUAAUGCUGACAAUUAAGCGUUUCAACAUUUGCAAUUUUUGUUUGUGGCUUUGUGAACAUUGGGGCACGUUUCAUGAUCAAUAUUGUUUAACAUUCUGUAAUAUCAGAGUUUAUGCAUUAAAGUAAUGAAUAAAUCACUUGUAAAAUGCGACAAUUCUAGUGCAUCAUUACGCGUCAACGGUGCAGUCUAAGUGGUUUUCUUGGUCCACACUAAGGUGAACAGGAUCAGCUCCAGGGGAUUCAAGGGGCGGCACGGUGGCGGAGCGGUAGCGUUGCUGCCUUACAGCGCCCGGGACCUGGGUUCGAUCCUGACUACGGGUGCUGUCUGUACAGAGUUUGCACGUUCUCCCUGUG